AUUCAGAUUCAGUUUCGACUGGAAUAGUACAAGUGACACAGUUUCUCCCUAGGCAUCUGUUCUCUUCUUUCUCUUGUUCAUCCUCGCACAAAUUACAAAUGUUUUCAUCUUCUUCAUCUUAUUCACCGUCUCACGAUGAAACCCUAACCCUAAUUCCAGGUCUCCCAUACGAUAUCUCUUCUCUGAUCCUCACUUUGAUCCCAUAUUGCCACCAGGAUCGUCUCAGAGUCACCUGCAAAACAUGGAGAGCCUUCUUUUCCUCCAAAACCCUACUCUCUCAUAGGCGAGCCCGGCUCCCAAACUCAUCUCUGUCUCACCUUCUCUGCAUCUUCCCUCAGGACCCAUCUCUCUCCCUACCUUACCUCUUCGAUCCUCGCCACUUGGCAUGGUGUCCACUCUCUCUCAUGCCCUGCAAUCCCCAUGUCUACGGCCUCUCCAAUUUCAUCUCCGUUUCCAUUGGUCCUCAUCUCUACGUCAUAGGUGGCUCUCACUUCGACACCCGAUCCUUUCCCAUUGAUCGUCCUUCUCCUUCUUCCUCUAUUUUCCGCUUUGAUGUUUCUACUUCGUCCUGGGAGAGGCUUUCUCCGAUGCUGUCUCCCCGAGGUAGCUUCGCAUGCGCUGCGGACUCCAAUUCGGGUCAGAUUCUGGUCGCCGGAGGGGGCUCUCGGCACGCGAUGUUUGGGGCUGCGGGGAGCCGGAUGAGUUCGGUGGAGAGGUACGAUGUGGAGAAGGAUGAAUGGAUUGCGUUGGAUGGGUUACCGCGGUUUCGAGCAGGGUGCGUUGGAUUCUUGGUUGGAAGUGGUGAGGAUAGGGAAUUUUGGGUGAUGGGUGGGUAUGGGGAAUCGAGGACGAUUUCGGGUGUGUUUCCUGUUGAUGAGUUCUACAAGGAUGGUGUGGUUUUGGAGUUGAAGAAGGGUGGGAAGUGGAGGGAGAUUGGGGAUAUGUGGGAGGAAGGUGAAAGGAGCCGUCUGGGAAAUGUAGUUGUUGUUGAUGGCGAGGAGGGCGAAGUUCCUGACAUUUUUAUGCUCGACGGAACUGAAAUUUUUAGGUAUGAUAUCUCCUCCAACCGGUGGUGGAAGGAAUCAAGUGUACCAAGAAAAGCGGCACCAGGUUUUUCAUUUGGUUUUGUUGCACUGGAUGGAGAGCUGCAUGUGAUGGCUAAUUCAGUUGAUUCUGUUGAAAUCCAAAAGCCUCGACAGAAAAACAGGAAGAGUACAUUAUUUCUCCAAAUCUACCAUCCCAAAAGGAGAACAUGGAGAUUAGUGACGACAAAACCACCAUUGCAGUGCUCACUGAGUUUCAAAACUGCAGUGAUGUGUACUAUCCGAUUGUAGUGCGGUAUAUAUGUCUUAUUUUGUGCAGUAUUAUUCUGUGUGUAAAUUUUGCUAAUAUCAAAUUCAUAUGGUGGUAUGUGAUGCUAAUGUGGAGCAUAAUCUGGGCUUUGUUCAUUACCUUUUGUGGGGCAUGGAUCUAUAAAUUCUGGGUGUAUGUAAAUGCUUCAGGUUGGGUUUUGAUUUGUACAGGAUACUUGUAUAAACUAAGAACUAAUAAUGCUAUUUGUUCUGUAUCCUUCUUCUGUCA